ACGCCGGCUCAUCUGCGGGACUACCGGCUCUGUGACGACCCAGGGAUUCUUCUGACGCGCGCCGUGCGGGUUUUGGUCCGUUUUUGGGGGGAGGACGCCAGCCGUGGACGCUAACCCUUCUGCCAUGACCGUGGAUUUGUUUGCGCUUUUAUGCGCGAUGGUCCUCUCGGCGUCUGCGAUGGAAGAGACGGUGAUGGACACACGGGUGGCCACAGCUGAACUGGGCUGGACAGCGUAUCCUAACUCUGGGUGGGAGGAGGUGAGUGGCUACGAUGAGAACCUCAACACCAUCAGGACCUACCAGGUGUGCAAUGUCUUCGAGUCCAGUCAAAACAACUGGCUGCUCACCACUUUCAUCGAUCGGCGUGGAGCGCAACGUAUCUACGUGGAGAUGCGUUUCACUGUGCGUGACUGCAGCUCCAUCCCCAAUGUACCUGGCUCCUGCAAGGAGACCUUCAAUCUCUACUAUUAUGAGACAGAUGCUGUAAUUGCCACAAAGGGCACUGCCUUCUGGAUGGAGGCGCCUUAUCUUAAGGUGGACACUAUUGCAGCAGAUGAAAGUUUCUCCCAGGUGGACUUUGGAGGACGCCUGAUGAAGGUCAACACAGAGGUGCGGAGCUUCGGCCCGCUUUCUAAAAACGGCUUCUACUUGGCCUUCCAGGACUAUGGGGCCUGUAUGUCUCUGCUGUCAGUCAGGGUCUUCUAUAAAAAGUGUCCCAGCGUGGUCCAAAACUUUGCUAUCUUCCCAGAAACUAUGACAGGUGCCGAGAGCACCUCCCUGGUCAUCGCCAGAGGGAUCUGUAUACCCAACUCGGAGGAAGUAGAUGUCCCUAUAAAGCUGUAUUGCAACGGAGAUGGAGAGUGGAUGGUUCCUAUUGGGAGCUGCACAUGCAAGGCUGGGUUUGAGCCUGACAAUGGGAAUGUCUGCCGAGCCUGUCCGCCGGGGACCUUCAAGUCAACUCAGGGUCCAGGGCUGUGUCUACAGUGCCCGCCAAACAGCCGCUCGGCAGCUGAAGCCGCCACCGUCUGCGUGUGCCGCAACGGCUACUACCGGGGUGACGCUGACCUGCCGGAUGCUCCCUGCACCACCCCUUCCAUAGUUCCCAUCAUGCACCAAAUCAGCUCAACCAUGAAGAGCUUCACAUUGUCAUGGCCACAACCAGAGCAGCCCAACGGGAUCAUUCUGGACUACGAGCUGCGCUACUAUGAGAAGGACCACGCAGAGACAAAUUCAACAACGCUUCGGAGCCAAACCAACACUGCCCGCGUGGAGGGCCUCAGGCCGGGCACCGUCUAUGUGGUCCAGGUGCGGGCAAGGACCGUGGCUGGUUUUGGCAAAUACAGCUCCAAGAUGUGCUUCCAAACUCUCACAGAUGAUGACUUCAAGUCGGAGCUGAGGGAACAGCUUCCUCUGAUUGCAGGCUCGGCGGCGGCAGGAGUGGUCUUCAUUGUUUCUCUGGUGGCCAUCUCUAUCGUCUGCAGCAGGAAAAGGGCAUACACGAAGGAGGCAGUAUACAGUGACAAGCUGCAACACUACAGCACUGGAAGAGAGCUCUCAUUGCGAGCCGACAUGUCUAACUGCCCCUCCCCACUGGGCUGCCCGACCCACUUCUCAGUCCCUGGGAUGAAGAUCUACAUUGACCCCUUUACCUAUGAAGAUCCCAACGAGGCGGUUCGGGAAUUUGCUAAGGAGAUCGACGUGUCCACCGUCAAGAUCGAGGAGGUCAUUGGUGCAGGACACCACCAAAACGACGGUCAGUUCACGGUGAUCCAGUUGGUAGGGAUGAUGCGUGGCAUCUCGGCAGGGAUGAAAUACCUCUCAGAGAUGAAUUACGUCCAUCGUGACCUGGCUGCACGCAACAUCUUGGUCAACAGUAACCUGGUGUGUAAAGUGUCCGACUUCGGCCUGUCCCGCUACUUGCAGGAUGACACCUCUGAUCCCAGCUAUACUAGUUCUCUGGGCGGCAAGAUCCCGGUGAGGUGGACGGCGCCAGAAGCCAUCGCUUACAGGAAGUUCACCUCAGCCAGCGACGUGUGGAGCUACGGCAUCGUCAUGUGGGAAGUGAUGUCGUUCGGAGAGAGGCCGUACUGGGACAUGUCCAACCAAGAUGUGAUCAAUGCCAUUGAACAGGACUACCGUCUGCCACCGCCCAUGGACUGCCCCAGUGCCCUGCACCAGCUGAUGUUGGACUGCUGGCAGAAGGAUCGCAAUGCCCGGCCCCGUUUCACCGACAUAGUCAGCACCCUGGACAAGAUGAUCCGCAACCCCACCAGCCUUAAAGCUGUGGCCAACAUCCCUGCAGUGCCUUCCCAGCCACUGUUAGACCGCUCCAUACCAGACUUCAACACCUUCAGCUCGGUGGAGGACUGGCUCGCUGCCAUCAAGAUGACCCAGUACAGAGACAACUUCCUCAACUCAGGCUUCACCUCUCUGCAGCUGGUGGCUCAGAUGAACUCAGAGGACCUGCUGAGGAUAGGAGUAACCCUGGCGGGCCACCAGAAGAAGAUCCUCAGCAACAUUCAGUCCAUGCGGGUGCAGAUAAGCCAGUCGCCAACUACUAUGGCAUGACUACAGGGGGCGCUGUGCCACGGAGCGGGCAGCAUUCGGAGGACCAACAACAACAACAGCAGCCCCCGAAUGACCCCCGACCCGUCGGAACGCGCCAGGGUGGAGACUAUCGUCCUAAUCUAAUUCUAAUAUCAUAACAACUGGAGACCAGGGUUCAUACUAUCACAUGAUUUACGACUAGCAUUACGCUUUGCCUAAACCGAGCUAUCCACACCAGGAGUUCAGGGUACAGACUCAGUACUGUCUCACCACUCAUCCAGAUCUGGAAGAACGGCGUCAGUCGCUGCACUUAAGGUUUGCUGUUUGUUUCAUCAUACGCUGGAACACAAUCACAGGGAGCUUCUCGCAGCGCCAGACUUCACAGUGGAACGACUGUAUACUUCAUUGCGUGUGUACUCGAUAUUGUACUACUAUGUUAUCCGGACUCGGGAGUUGUUUAAUUUGUCGACAGACCCGUGAGAUUAUUUAGAAACGACUC